UCACGGCUCAUGACUGUCCCCUCUCUCCUUCCAGUCGCUGCUUUUCCUGGGCUUGGUGGCCGCCGUGUGCCUCGGCCUCAACCUCCUCUUCCUCAUCGUGUACCUGAUCUGCCUGUGCUGCUGCAAGAGGGACCAGGACCCCGAGACCAAGCGGCCCCACUCGUGUUUUGUCACCUGGAUGGCCGUCACCGCCGGGCUCAUCUGCUGCGCGGCCGUUGGCAUCGGCUUCUAUGGGAACAGCGAGACCAACGACGGGGUUUUCCAGCUGCUCUAUGCCCUGGACCACGCCAACCAGACCCUCACUGGCAUCGACUCCCUGGUUGCCAGCACCACGCUGCAGAUGGAGGGAGAGCUGGAGCAGCACCUGGCGCGGCUGAACGAGCUCCUGGCCUCGCGGGGGGAUUACGUGCAGACCCUCAAGUUCACCCAGCAGCUGGCCAGCAGCAUUGCCCUGCAGCUCCAGGGGCUGCCGGCCUGGCGGGGCGUCAGCGCUGACCUCACCGAGCUGUCGGGACAGGUCGCCUAUGUCGAGUAUUACCGGUGGUUGGCUUACCUGCUCUUCUUCAUCCUCGUCCUCACCGUCUGCCUGCUGGCCUGCCUGGGGCUGGCCAAGCAUUCCCGCUGCCUCCUGGUCAUGAUGCUGUGCUGUGGGCUGCUCAUGCUGGUCCUCACCUGGGCCUCCCUGGCCGUGGACACGGCGGCCGCGGUGGGCACCAGCGAUUUCUGCGUGGCCCCGGACAAGUUCAUCAUGAACCAGACAGACGAUGAGAUCAGCGCAGAGGUGGUUCAUUAUUACCUGUACUGUGACCAGAGCCUGAGCAGCCCCUUCCAGCAGGCUCUGACCGUGUUCCAGCGCUCGCUGACCACCAUGCAGAUCCAGAUCCAGGGGCUCAUCCAGUAUGCACUGCCCCUCUUCCCAACAGCUGAGAAAGACCUUCUGGGUGUCCAGCAGCUCCUCAACUCCUCAGAGAGCAGCCUGCACCAGCUGACGGCCCUGCUGGACUGCCGGGGGCUGCACAAGGUGAGGGGGGCUGCUGACCCUGGCACAGGCCUGGGGCAAGCCCUGGGAGGGUCCUGA